UUCGUUCCGAUUUGUAGAUCAGUUAUCAGUAGCAUAAAAAAAAUAAAACAUCUUAAUAAGAUUUAUUAUUUGGUUUUUGCAAAUAAUAAAUUAUGAUGUUGUAACUUAUAAACUAAAGUUUGUUUCUUAAAUAAGUGGAAGUAAACGAGUAUGAUUAUACUAUUGAUUGCCUACUCAAAAAUAACAAAAGUAGCGUAAUACUAGUAAAAAGUGGAUACAUUUACGAUUUUUUUUUCUGAAUUCCUGUAUCGACGAUCUCAGCAUAGAUUGGUUAUUGAAACAAUACGACAUCCGUGAUCCGAUAGGAUUCGGCGUAUACUACACUACUCAUGUACUCACCACUCAGCGCUGUUUUUAAAAUCACCCUAGUUGAGGUUAUUCGGUAACAACUGCAACAACAAGUUGUAACAAGCUAAUAAAGAAAAUUAUAAUAAAUUAAGUCUACCAUCUGAUCUGUCAGCAAUCACCAUAAGUUCUACAAACAAGAAAAUGGAUUAUUUUUCAUUUGUUUCGGGCUUAGGAUGUGGCCUAGUUAUUGGAUUAUCGCUCAUUACAUUGAGAAAGCAUUUUGGAUCUGUUAAAGAAACCGCUAAAACCAUUAAAAAGAUAGCUUCAAAUAGUGAAUAUAAAUUGAUAUUAGUUGUAAGAACAGAUUUAGGAAUGAGUAAAGGUAAAAUAGCAGCUCAGUGUGGACAUGCUGCCGUUGGUGCAUAUGAAAAAGCAUUAAAAAGAGACCCAGAAGGUUUAAAAUCCUGGCAAAUGACUGGUCAAGCAAAGGUGGCUGUGAAAACAGACUCUGUUGAUGAAAUAAAACAAAUAGCUGAUAAUGCGAAGAAAAUGGGUAUAAUAACAUCAAUGAUAAGAGAUGCUGGAAGAACACAAAUUGCACCUAACUCAAUAACAGUUCUUGGUAUAGGUCCUGCUCCAAAAAAUGUUGUUGAUAAAGUAACUGGGCAUUUGAAGUUGUUGUAAAUUUUAAA